AUGACGGAAUCUCAGCCUGAACGACCAAUUCACCAACCAAUCCCUCCUGACAUUCUGGCCCGACUCGAUCCUGAGUAUGCUGCAUUCCACAAUGCUGUGAUUCGUUAUGUGAUUCCAAGCCAUUUGCUUCCGUGGGACCCCACGAAACGCACUCUUCCCAGUAACGGUGCAUCCGAGCCUUCGAAGGUAGGUGAGAUACGGGAUAUACCCCUUGACCGCUUUGUUAUGCGUAUCUUCACGCCCGAGGGCACCGCGCCUCAGGGCGGAUGGCCUCUGAUUCUGUAUUUCCAUGGAGGAGGAUGGGUGAUGGGAGAUAUCGCUACCGAGAACACUUUCUGCACCCAUAUGUGCAAACGGGCGAGCUGCGUCGUCGUCUCUGUCGCCUACCGACUUGCACCAGAACACCCGUAUCCCGCUGCAGUGGAAGAUGCUGUCGAAGCACUUCGAUGGGUCCACGAGAACGGUGCCACGCAGUUGAGCACUAACGUGAAAAGGAUUGCCGUGGGCGGCUGUUCCAGUGGGGGAAAUCUCGCCGCAGUCCUCACACACAAGGCAGCCCUCCUACAGCCCCCCAUUCCACUUGUCUUUCAACUUCUCAUUGUUCCUUGCACGGACAACACCGCCAACGUGGAUGAUCCCCGGUAUCUGUCAUGGUCAGAAAACAAGAACACCAUCGGGCUCUUCCUUCCUAGACUACUCUUCUUCCGCGAGAAGUAUGUCCCAAACACGAACGAUCGGCACGAGUGGGAGUGUUCCCCGAUCCUCGCACCCGAAGAGGAUUUUAGGAAGCUACCCAAGGCGUGGAUCGGGGUCGCGGAGUUAGAUCUCUUGAGAGACGAAGCUGUCGCAUACGGCGAGAAGCUGAAGCAGGCUGGAGUCGAAGCCGAAGUAAAUAUCUACAAAGGCUCCCCCCACACGAUUAUGGGUCUCGACGGAAUUCAGGACUUCAUUUCGGUCAUGCGAUUCAUGCUCUUUUUCGAUGUCGACUUUGAGUUUAUCCUGGAGUUCCAUUCUAUCGCAUAUCUCAGUCGACUCGAACACUAA